AUGUCUGAGACAAAAGAAAUGAUAGCUUUUCUUAAGAACACCAAUAUAGUAGGAGACAUACUUGAAGUCUUGGAACCUGAAAGGGGAGUUGUUAAGGAUAUACACAAAAGACAGACUUCCUCCUCCCUUCACGCUAUGUUUCAACAAUUGCUGACCAUGCAGGAAUCUAUUCUAGAGACACAUUGCACUUCUAGUAAUGGUACUGUUUGUUCUCGAGCUAAGACUAAAAUUACAAUUGUUUCUGAAGGACCACAGGGCUUAAGUGGCGUUAAAGGAAACGAAGGAAUGCCGGGAGAUAAGGGUUUGCCUGGUCUCAAUGGACUGGUUGGAGAUCUAGGUUACCAAGGACCACUGGGUCCACCAGGAGAUAAAGGACAGAGAGGACUGCCGGGUCUUCGUGGACUUCCUGGAAUGAACGGAGAAAAAGGUCAACUAGGAGAAAUAGGUCAAAAAGGAGACCAAGGACCAAAGGGCCCUGACGGUAAAGUUUUAGAUGCGGACUGUGCUUGUAAAUUAAAACAGCAAAGUGAAAGUGAUCAGGGUAUCCAAGUAGGUAGCAAAAAUAUUGUUAUUGAUUGUAAAAAUAGUACAGGAUUGUUUGGCUUGGUCACGUGGACGCAUGAUUUGAAUAAUUUAGGCUCACGUGUAAAAUUAUCGUCUGAUAAACAUCAACUGACGAUUCCAGAUGUUUUACCAAACGACCAGGGGAACUACACCUGUUUUAUAAAUGGAAGGAAAAUUGCAACUUAUGAAUUGAAGGUUAAAGGUAUUACAAAAUACAACUGUGAUUUUGAAGCAGGAGAUAUAUGUCUAUGGAAACAAGUUCCCAGUGACAAUUUUGAUUGGUUAUCCCAUACAGCAGGAACACCGUCAACGGCCACUGGUCCAAGUUAUGAUCAUACUAUAGGUAACGUACGAGGUAGAUAUUUGUAUAUUGAAACAUCAAGUCAUACUCGUCACGAAUAUGCCGAUCUGGUAUCACCACUAAUGACUGGAAACCAGGACAGAUGUUUAAGUCUCUGGUAUCACAUGUUUGGAUCAGGUAUUGAGAAGCUGGAGAUUGGAAUAAUCCAGAAAACACAAACACCGACAAAUUACCUUGUUUUGCAAGUAUUAUCCGGUGGUCAGGGAUUCCAAUGGAAUAGAUUGAAUGUUACACUAUCUUCUUCCUUUGAUUAUGAAGUCACAAUAAGAGGUUACAAAGGAACAGAUUACCAUGGCGAUAUAGCAAUUGAUGACAUCAUUGUCUACAAUGGGAAAUGUCAAAACUAA